CUUUGCCUAGCGGUAUAUUUAUAUGGCCUCGGGAGUGCUGUGAAGUGAUAAGCAUCCUACCUCGAGCAAAGAGAGAGAGAGAGAGAGAGAGAGAGAGAGAUCGAUCUGUGACGGCAUUUAUGGUCGAUGGAGUUACAGCGGAGUGGACGUGGACACAGAAGACUUUCUGAGGAGUGAAGCUCGACAAUUCACGAAUUCGGGGACUCGGAUUGAUCAGCAGUGGAGGCGAGGGCUGGCCGCUGCAGAUGGGUAAAGGCAGUUUCGGUCCUGGGCCAUCCUGGUCUCAGAGUAAGCUGAAGGCUGGAUGGUUAGAAAUGAGAGCGCUGAUGGGAAUGUGCACGGUUUUGGCAGUAGCUGCAAUAGUGGUGACCACUCUCUAUUAUCCCUUCGAAGGUCUAGGAUCCUUCGAGCUCUCCAGUAGCCACUGCGACUGCGAGGCGCAGCUGCAGUGGAGCAUUCAGCUGGAGCAUGAAAAGCAAGAGCACCUGAGGCAAAUGCUGACAACCAUCGGCCUCAGCACUUCUCGUGCUGAGCAGCAGCAGGCGAUUUCGAGGCCAUCCAACUGCUGCACAAAGUCCGAAUUCCCUCCAGAUCCACGUUCCACCGGAAAACCGCACAUCCUCCGAGAGUGGGAGACACCGGCAGUCGUCGAGGGAAAGGAAUGGGAGAAAUUGCACGAGGCCAGCUACGGCGUGCCGAGGAAGUUCGUCCCGCUGGGCAGCGCCGCGUUCCUCUUCGUGCAGUUCGGAGCUUACAGAGGCGGCCGGAACUCGUUCGCCGUGGUGGGCCUCGGACCGAAGGGCCUCCACGUCCACGGCAAUCCGGAAUUCCAAUGCAGCUGGGAAUCCUCCGAUGCCUCGAUCACAAUCCCGGGCAAUGCCACCAAGUACUUGCCCGACUGGGGCUACGGGAAGCAGUACACCGUGGUGGUAGUGAACUGCACAUUCCCGUCCGACGUGGGAGCCGACGGAAGCGGAGGCCGCUUGGCCAUGGUGGCCACGCACGGGAGCUGGGACAGCACGGGGCUGGAGGACGUGGCAUUCGAAGCGCUGACGGAGCAGCCGGGCGAGGUCGACGGGGCUGCAUUCCAGCCCCCGUAUCGGUACGAGUACCUGUACUGCGGGUCGCCUCUGUUCGGCUCGAUCAGCCCUCAGCGGAUGCGCGAGUGGAUUUCGUACCACGCGAUGCUCUUCGGGCCGCGGUCGCAUUUCAUCCUGUACGACGCCGGCGGCAUCCACGACGAGGUGCGCCGGAUUCUGGAGCCCUGGGUCAAGCUGGGCCGAGUGACCGUGAUGAAUAUUCGGCAGCAGAUGCGCUACGACACUUACUACUACAACCAGUUCCUGGUCGUCAACGACUGCCUCUUCCGCGCCAAAGCUCUGGCCAACUGGACUUUCUUCUUCGACGUGGACGAGUUCCUCCACGUGCCCUGGUACAUGACCUUCGACGCCGUCAUGACGGAGCUCCGGACUCUCGGCCGCAGAGCCACGCAGGUCGUUUUCGCGCAGAAACCCAUCUCCCACAACCACUGCGCCGGCAACGUUUCCUCCAGCUCAGAUGGAAAUAUGUCCAGCCUGUGGGCGAUGGAGAAGUUGACGUACAGGCGCACGCAGAUCACGGAGACAAAUGGAUUUAUGGACAAGAAGUUCGCCAUACAAGCGAGAUACGCGUUGUCGACGGGGGUACACCGAUCGGAAGAUUUGAUGUAUUCAGAACAAGGCUUGAAGUUGGAGAACGCGACGUUGUACGAGGACUGGAGAUUGCACUACUAUCACUACCACAACACUAUAAAUCACCGUCAGGAGGUAUGCGAGCAGUUCGUGGACCCAUCCAUACGCAAUGCCACCAGGCUGGAUAAUGUGGUGCAUGAAUUCGACGACACGAUGGUGCCAUUGGCCGCGCAAGUGAGAGACUUUGAGCUCCGAACGGUGGGAGAAUUGCCGACGAUCAUUUAGACUCCUUGCGUGUUUCUCACUAACGAAUCACACUUCCAUCAUCAGCUGCGCAAUAUACGGUCCUCUCCGACAUAGUUCGUCUUAUUUUUGUGUUGAACGUCAGUCCAUCAACGGAAUCUCGUUCAGCACAGGAAUCUGCAUCCUCAUCGAUCAAACCCUGCGCCGUGCUCCAGAACACCACCACUGCACACCAAUCUGCGAAGGAUUAUUGCAGUCGGUCAAGAGACAUGCAGAACAAAGGGUCGCCCUUCCUCGAAAUCCGACGACCGAUUAAAGAUGGAGCUCAUGCUGAGAGACACACAACGUCGCCAUUUACAAGGUUGAAGCUUCGAGACCCACAAGAGGUUUGUGCUGCUCGGCCUUCUCUCUGCUUGUCCUUGUAAGAGAGCAGCCUUUUAAGCUACAUGGUCUCCUAAUCGGGGCGGAUCCUGAAGUUUGAUCUAAUUUAUUGACUCUCACCUCGAGAUCACGGUCGGUGGGAUUUCUUAUGUUCACAUACUCGAGUCUCAUUUGAAGUUGAAGUCCGUUUAGAAAGGUGAUAGUAGAACUCGAAGGUGGUGAUCUUAAAGUCCGAUUAUUUAUACAAUGCAUUAUUCCUCUCUACCAGUCUUGGUAUCCCCGUAGAUUGAGUUGGACAGUACAUGACUUGUAUAUAUAAUACCUUCCACUGAAGCCCUGAAUAAUAUUCACAAUAACAGGUGUGGACAAUCUUCUUCUCGUACUGAUAAGGGAUUGAUUU